UCUGACAGUGAGCGCACAAACUGUUAUAAACUGUUCUUCUCACCAUGUUUGUGUUGUUGUGUUCUCCUGCAGAUGACAUCCCUGACAUAUUGGACACGUUUGCAGUCCUCCACAUAGAUGACUGUGGAGAUGUUGUGGAAACAGUGUCUGAGGUCACACCAACACAUGUCAAGUUAACUGAGCCAAAUUUCUCGAUAAUAGGGGCUCUGAUACGUUUCAUAUUUCCUCCAAAAAUCAGCUGUUACAUGUUGAUGUACUAUAAACCCAACACACCAUUCCUCAAACUCCACGUCUACCUGAUACGACAGGAUCCUGCUCUGGAACAGAGAUUUGACGACAGAGAAUCUUGUGAGGGAUUUAAAAGAAUCAGAAAGCAUCAUCCAGACAAGUACCUGCAAACUGAGCGUCUUUUCAGUCUCAGAGCCGACAACGCAAGUGCAAAGAUCCAACCGAAGGAGUUAACCCUCAGAUACAAUAACCAAAACCUCUAUGAGCUGUACAUUAAGAAUCCAGGCAGUGAACUCAUACUUGCACUCCUGCACACUGAACCACCUGUUGGUGAACCUGAUGACCCACUGUGGAUCUGUGAAAUUCGAAAAGAAGAUGACCAUCCAGAGUCUGGUUAUGUCAAAGAGAAACACUAUGUGGAUGAAGAUCUCUCUGCACAGAUGCAGAAAGCAUUAACAGUCCAAUCAGACAGAGAGAAGCUUUUGGGAAUGUUGAAAGAUCUGAAAAAGGAGGAGCUUGAAAAGUUCAAGUGGUUCCUGCGGGACCGUGAUGUUUUGGUGGAGCUCCAACCCAUCCCAGAGAGCCGACUGGAGAAGACCAGCACCUGUGACCUGGUGGAUCUGAUGUUGCAGACCUACACAGAAAAGUCUGUGGAGGUGACCAAGAAGGUUUUGAAGAAAAUCACGUCAAGUCUACAAAAAGAAAACCACUUUGUGGAUAAACACAGAGUGGAGCUGAUCCAGAGAGUGAGCAACAUCGAGCCAAUUCUGGAUGAGCUCCUGAAAGAAAAAGUUAUCCAGCAGGAAAGUUAUGACAGAAUCAGAGCUCUGCAGACCUCUCAGGAAAAGAUGAGGGAACUCUACAGCGGUCCCCUGAAAGCUGGCAGUGCCUCCAAAGAUGUCUUCUACCAAAUCCUUCAGAGACACGAGAGACUCCUUCUUAAUGACCUCUGCUGAAAGGACGUUUGCUGAAAUCCAUUUUCUGUUUAUGACGGAUUUAUAACACUGGUUAUAAUUUGGACCUGGUGACAUCAUACAGGCUACAAACGUUUACUCUGUUGUUAAUAAUUACAGGUGCUGGUUGCUGUACAUCAGUGGUGUCAAACUCAGUUGCACAGGGGGCCAAAACUCAAGGCACACUUUAGGUUGUGGGCCAAACAAGAUAAACAUUUAUUGAACACACUAAAACAUGUUUUUUAAACAUAAAUGUGAAUAAAAACAGACAGGAAUAUUAUUCCAGAAU